AAACACCAUGUUGCCUUUUUUGCUCCCUCUCCUCAUAGCAUUCGAUCUCCCCAUUUAGUGGCUACAGUAAGCCUAUUAACCCCCCCAAACACUGUUGGGGACUGACAACACAAGCUGACAAAGUCGCCUGAAGAGAGUCUUCUCCUGUAAUGGCGCCUGCGUCAGUCACUAACAUGGCGGACAGAGUCGUGCGCGGCGCAAACGUCAGCAGCUCUACCCCAGCCGCUCAGAAACAGCGGAGGAGAGCAGGGCCGUGCUCACUGAUUGGUGCAACGGCCGAGCGUGCAGAUCCGGACGUUCCCACAGGAGCCAAUCAGGACGGCGAGAGACGGAAUUGGCCGCUGCGCCUCUUCCCGAGGCAUUCUGGGAGCCUGGAGGACUAGCGAGGAGGAGUUGAGAGAACGGAGCGGACGCCAUGGCGACCAACAUCGAGCAGAUUUUUAGGUCUUUCGUGGUCAGUAAAUUCCGGGAAAUUCAACAGGAACUUUCCAGUGGAAGGAGUGAAGGCCAGCUCAAUGGUGAAACAAAUACACCUAUUGAAGGAAACCAGGCAGGUGAUGCAGCUGCCUCUGCCAGGAGUCUACCAAAUGAAGAAAUAGUUCAGAAGAUAGAGGAAGUACUUUCUGGGGUGUUAGAUACAGAACUACGAUAUAAGCCAGACUUGAAGGAGGCCUCCAGAAAAAGUAGAUGUGUGUCUGUACAAACAGAUCCCACUGAUGAAAUUCCCACCAAAAAGUCAAAGAAGCAUAAAAAGCACAAAAAUAAAAAGAAGAAAAAGAAGAAAGAGAAGGAAAAAAAGUAUAAAAGACAGCCAGAAGAUGCUGAAUCAAAGCUGAAAUCACAUCAUGAUGGGAACAUGGAUUUAGAAUCGGAUUCCUUUUUGAAGUUUGACUCUGAACCUUCAGCGAUGGCACCAGAGCAUCCCAUAAGAGCCUUUGGCCUAUCUGAGACCAGUGAAUCCCCUGCAGUUAUGCUAGAACCUCCUAUAGUAUCAAUGGAGGUAUCACAGCCACACACUUUUGAAUCUCCGAAGCCAGCUACAAAAACUGCAGAACUGUCAGUUGCAUCUACAUCAGUAAUCGCAGUGCAGUCAGAGCAGUCUGUGGCAGUUACGCUGGAACCAUCCACAACAAAGAUUCUGGAUUCUUUUGCAACAGCACCAAUGCCUACAACAACAGUAGUGCUACAGUCAUCUGAGCCAGUUGUAACAAUGUCAAAUCAGAUGAAGUCUGUGCUGAAGUCUUUGGAGAACACACCUCCAGAGCCAUCAAAGAUUGUGUUAGAGCCUCCAGUAGCAAAAGUGCUAGAGCCAUCAGAAACCCUUGUGAUAACAUCAGAGACGUCUACUGAGGUGCACCCUGAGCCAAGCACAUCAACAACAAUGGAUUUUCCAGAGUCAUCUGCAACUGAAGUACUAAGAUUGCCAGAGCAGCCUGUAGAAGUACCAUCGGAGAUUGCAGAUUCAUCCAUGACAAGAUCACAGGAGUUGCUGGAGCUGCCCAAGACCACAGCAUUGGAGCUGCCGGAGUCGCCGGUGGCCUCAGUGAUGGAGUUGCCGGGGCCACCUGCGACCUCCAUGCCGGAGUUGCAGGGGCCCCCUGUGACUCCAGUGCUGGAGUUACCUGGGCCCUCUGCUACCCCGGUGCCAGAGUUGCCAGGGCCCGUUUCUACCCCAGUGCCUGAGUUGCUAGGGCCCCCUGCGACAGCAGUGUCUGAGUUGCCGGGGCCCUCUGUGACAUCAGUGCCACAGUUGUCACAGGAGUUGCCAGGGCUUUCAGCACCAUCCAUGGGGUUGGAGCCACCACAGGAGGUACCAGAGCCACCUGUGAUGGCGCAGGAGUUACCAGGGCUGCCUGUGGUAACAGCAGCAGUAGAGUUGCCAGGGCAGCCUGCGGUAACAGUAGCAAUGGAGUUGACAGAGCAACCUGUGACGACGACAGAGUUGGAGCAGCCUGUGGGGAUGACAACGAUGGAACAUCCUGGGCAGCCUGAGGUGACAACGGCAUCAGGGUUGCUGGGGCAGUCUGAGGCAGCAAUGGUGCUGGAGUUGCCAGGACAGCCAGUGGCAACGACAGCGCUGGAGUUGCCAGGGCAGCCUUCGGUGACUGGGGUGCCAGAGUUGCCAGGGCUGCCUUCGGCAACUAGGGCACUGGAGUUGUCAGGGCAGCCUGUGGCAACUGGGGCACUGGAGUUGCCUGGGCAGCUCAUGGCAACUGGGGCACUGGAGUUCUCGGGGCAGUCUGGGGCAGCUGGAGCACUGGAGCUUUUGGGGCAGCCUCUGGCAACAGGGGUGCUGGAGUUGCCUGGGCAGCCUGGGGCGCCAGAGUUGCCUGGGCAGCCUGUGGCAACUGUGGCGCUGGAGAUCUCUGUUCAGUCUGUGGUGACAACAACGGAGCUGUCAACGAUGACCGUGUCGCAGUCCCUGGAGGUGCCCUCGACGACAGCGCUGGAAUCCUAUAAUACGGUAGCACAGGAGCUGCCUACUACGUUAGUGGGGGAGACUUCUAUAACAGUAGGAGUGGAUCCCUUGAUGGCCCAAGAAUCCCAUAUGUUAGCUUCUAACACCAUGGAGACCCAUAUGUUAGCAUCCAACACCAUGGACUCCCAAAUGCUAGCGUCCAACACCAUGGACUCCCAGAUGCUAGCAUCCAAUACCAUGGAUUCUCAGAUGUUAGCAACCAGCUCCAUGGACUCCCAGAUGUUAGCAACCAGCUCCAUGGACUCCCAGAUGUUAGCAACCAGCUCCAUGGACUCCCAGAUGUUAGCAACCAGCUCCAUGGACUCCCAGAUGUUAGCAACCAGCUCCAUGGACUCCCAGAUGUUAGCAACCAGCUCCAUGGACUCCCAGAUGUUAGCAACCAGCUCCAUGGACUCCCAGAUGUUAGCAACCAGCUCCAUGGACUCCCAGAUGUUAGCAACCAGCUCCAUGGACUCCCAGAUGUUAGCAACCAGCUCCAUGGACUCCCAGAUGUUAGCAACCAGCUCCAUGGACUCCCAGAUGUUAGCAACCAGCUCCAUGGACUCCCAGAUGUUAGCAACCAGCACCAUGGACUCCCAGAUGUUGGCAUCUGGCACUAUGGACUCUCAAAUGUUAGCUUCCGGCACCAUGGAUGCUCAGAUGUUAGCAUCUGGUACCAUGGAUGCCCAGAUGUUAGCAUCUAGUACCCAAGAUUCUGCUAUGUUGGGUUCAAAAUCUCCUGAUCCAUACAGGUUAGCUCAGGAUCCUUACAGGUUAGCUCAGGAUCCUUAUAGGUUAGGCCAUGACCCUUACAGGCUAGGUCAUGAUGCCUACAGGUUAGGGCAAGACCCCUAUAGAUUAGGGCAUGACCCCUACAGACUAACUCCUGAUCCCUAUAGGAUGUCACCUAGACCUUAUAGGAUAGCACCCAGGUCCUAUAGGAUAGCACCCAGACCAUAUAGGUUAGCACCAAGACCUCUGAUGUUAGCAUCUAGACGUUCUAUGAUGAUGUCCUAUGCUGCAGAACGUUCCAUGAUGUCAUCUUACGAACGCUCUAUGAUGUCUUACGAGCGGUCUAUGAUGUCCCCUAUGGCUGAGCGUUCUAUGAUGUCAGCCUAUGAGCGCUCUAUGAUGUCAGCCUAUGAGCGCUCUAUGAUGUCCCCUAUGGCUGAACGCUCUAUGAUGUCAGCUUAUGAACGCUCUAUGAUGUCAGCAUACGAGCGCUCCAUGAUGUCCCCAAUGGCUGACCGUUCUAUGAUGUCCAUGGGUGCCGACCGGUCUAUGAUGUCAUCGUACUCUACUGCUGACCGGUCUAUGAUGUCAUCGUACUCUGCAGCUGACCGCUCUAUGAUGUCUUCUUACACUGCUGACCGUUCAAUGAUGUCUAUGACAGCUGAUUCUUACACUGAUUCUUAUACUGACACAUAUACAGAGGCAUAUAUGGUGCCACCUUUGCCUCCUGAAGAACCUCCAACAAUGCCACCAUUGCCACCUGAGGAGCCACCAAUGACACCACCAUUGCCUCCUGAGGAACCACCAGAGGGUCCAGCAUUACCAACUGAGCAGUCAGCAUUAACAGCUGAAAAUGCUUGGCCUACUGAGGUGCCAGCAUUACCUCCUGAAGAGUCUGUAUCGCUGCCUGAACCUCCUGUGAGUCAAAGUGAGAUUUCAGAGCAUUCGGUAGUGCCUGCUAAUUACUCAGUAUCGGCAUCAGAGCCUUCACUGUUGGCAUCAGAGGCUGCCAUGACUGUUCCAGAGCCACCACUAGAACCAGAGUCUUCGGUUACAUCAACACCUACAGAAUCUGCUGCAAUAGCAGAAGAGCAUGAAAUUGUUCCAGAGAGACCAGUGACUUAUAUGGUAUCUGAAACUCCUGUAAUGUCAGCUGAACCAACUAUGUUAACAUCAGAGCCUUCCGUUAUGUCAGAGACAGCAGAAACCUUUGAUUCCAUGAGAGCUUCAGAACAUGUUCCAUCAGAGGUAUCUAUGUCCCUGCUGGAUCCUACAGUAACUAUUCCAGAGCCAUCGCAGAGCAUUCUAGAGCUAUCAGCCAUGGCUGUCUCAGAGCUACCAGCUGUGUCUGUCCCGGAGCUCCCAGCCGAGGCUGUCGUGGAGCCCCCAGCCGAGGCUCUCCCGGAGCCCCCAGUUUUGGCUGUUCCAGAGCCUUUAGCCGAGGCUGUUCCAGAGCCCUUGGCUGUGACUGUUCCAGGUCUACCGGUCAUGGCUGUCCCAGGGCAACUAGCUGAGGCUGUCCCAGAGCCCCUGGCCUUGGUUGAGCCAGAGCCUGUUACCAUUCCUGUGCCAGUGGUUUCUGCUGUGGACUCUGCUGUGCCUGUCUUGGAACCAGCAGUAUCGGUCUUUCAACCUAACAUGAUUGUUUCAGAACCAUCUGUUUCUGUCCAAGAAUCCACUGUGUCAGUUUUAGAGCCUGCUGUUACUGUGUCAGAGCAGACUCAAGUAAUAUCAACUGAGAUGGUUUUAGAGUCUACACCAGUGAUGUUGGAGUCUAGUGUUGUAAAAGGAAUGAAUUUACUAUCUGGUGAUCAAAAUCUUGCUCCAGAAAUUGGCAUGCAGGAGUUUCCCUUGCAUUCAGAUGAGGAGCCACAUACUGAAGGAUACCUGAAGAAUGACACUUAUGAAAGUGAACAUGGUGUAAAUAUAGACCAUAAUGUAAAUAAUCAUUUAAUUGCUAAAGAAAUGGAACAUAGCACAGUGUCUGCUGCCAGCACUGGUGCUGUUGGUGAAAUUGGUGGAGAGAAAAGUUUGCCAGUCAAUGAGACUAAACAGUGCACAGUAUUGGAUACCUGCCCUAGUGUUAGUGAAGCUGAUGUAGGAGGAACUUUGUCUUCUACUGGUCCCUUUGCUCUUGAAUCGGAUACAGUGGGAACUAGUAAGGGUAUUGAAUUUGCCACAGCAUCUGCUCUCAGUUCAAUUAGUAAAUAUGAUGAAGUAUGUUUAACUACUCAAGACACCGAACAUGACAUGGUAAUUUCCAGCAGCCCCAGUGGUGGUAGUGAGGCUGACAUAGAGGGACCUUUGCCUGCUAAAGACAUUCAUCUUGACUUACCAUCUAAUAACUUUAUUAGUAAUGAUGCAGAAGGACCAUUACCUAUAAAAGAGAGUGACCAGACAUUAGCAGGUGCUCUCAGCCCUAAAGAAAAUAGUGAAGAUAAAGAAGUACCUGUCUCUACAAAAGAGAUACUGUCUGAUUCAGGAUUUUCUGCCAAUAUCGAUGACAUUAAUGAAGCAGAUUUAGUGAGACCAUUGCUUCCUAAGGACAUGGAACGACUUACAAGUCUCAGAGCUGGUAUUGAAGGACCCUUACUUGCAAGUGAAGUUGAACGUGAUAAGUCUGCUGCCAGUCCAAUUGUAGUUAGUAUACCAGAAAGAGCUUCAGAGUCGUCUUCAGAGGAAAAAGAUGAUUAUGAAAUUUUUGUAAAAGUUAAGGACACACAUGAAAAAAGCAAGAAAAAUAAGAAUCGUGAUAAAGGUGAGAAAGAGAAGAAAAGAGACUCUUCUUUAAGAUCUCGAAGUAAGCGGUCCAAGUCUUCUGAACACAAAUCACGGAAGCGUACCAGUGAGUCUCGUUCUAGGGCAAGGAAGAGAUCAUCUAAGUCCAAGUCUCAUCGCUCUCAAACACGUUCACGGUCACGUUCAAGACGCAGAAGGAGGAGCAGCAGGUCAAGAUCAAAGUCUAGAGGACGACGAUCUGUAUCAAAAGAGAAGCGCAAAAGAUCUCCAAAGCACAGAUCCAAGUCCAGGGAAAGAAAAAGAAAAAGAUCAAGCUCCAGAGAUAACAGGAAAACUGUUAGAGCUCGAAGUCGCACCCCAAGUCGGCGGAGUCGGAGUCACACUCCGAGUCGUAGAAGAAGAUCUAGAUCUGGGGGGAGAAGGAGCUUUAGCAUUUCUCCAAGCCGACGGAGCCGCACCCCGAGCCGACGGAGCCGCACCCCGAGCCGACGGAGCCGCACCCCGAGCCGACGGAGCCGCACCCCGAGCCGACGGAGCCGCACCCCGAGCCGACGGAGCCGCACCCCGAGCCGACGGAGCCGCACCCCGAGCCGACGGAGCCGCACCCCGAGCCGACGGAGCCGCACCCCGAGCAGAUCUCUCCGUCGUAAACGAUCUCGGUCUUCGGAAAGAGGCAGGUCACCUAAACGUCUGACAGAUUUGAAUAAGGCUCAAUUACUUGAAAUAGCCAAAGCUAAUGCAGCUGCCAUGUGUGCUAAGGCUGGUGUUCCUUUACCGCCAAACCUAAAGCCUGCACCUCCACCUUCAAUAGAAGAGAAAGUUGCUAAAAAGUCAGGAGGAGCUACUAUAGAAGAACUAACUGAGAAAUGCAAACAAAUCGCACAGAGUAAAGAAGAUGAUGAUGUAAUAGUGAAUAAGCCUCAUGUUUCGGAUGAAGAGGAAGAAGAACCUCCUUUUUAUCAUCAUCCAUUUAAACUCAGUGAACCCAAACCCAUUUUUUUCAAUCUGAAUAUUGCUGCAGCAAAGCCAACUCCACCAAAAAGCCAGGUAACGUUAACAAAAGAAUUUCCUGUGUCAUCUGGAUCUCAACAUCGAAAAAAAGAAGCGGAUAGCGUUUAUGGAGAGUGGGUUCCUGUAGAGAAAAAUGGUGAAGAAAACAAAGACGACGAUAAUGUUUUCAGCAGCAAUUUGCCCUCUGAGCCUGUGGACAUCUCUACAGCAAUGAGUGAGCGGGCACUUGCUCAGAAAAGACUCAGUGAGAAUGCAUUUGACCUUGAAGCCAUGAGCAUGUUAAAUCGAGCUCAGGAACGGAUUGAUGCCUGGGCUCAGCUGAACUCAAUUCCUGGCCAGUUCACAGGAAGUACAGGAGUACAGGUUCUGACACAAGAACAGUUAGCCAAUACCGGUGCCCAAGCCUGGAUUAAAAAGGAUCAGUUCUUAAGAGCAGCCCCGGUAACUGGAGGAAUGGGAGCCGUUUUGAUGAGAAAAAUGGGCUGGAGAGAAGGAGAAGGAUUAGGAAAAAACAAAGAAGGAAAUAAGGAACCUAUCCUAGUUGAUUUUAAAACAGACCGAAAAGGUCUUGUUGCUGUAGGAGAAAGAGCACAAAAGAGGUCUGGGAACUUCUCUGCUGCAAUGAAAGAUCUGUCAGGCAAACAUCCUGUGUCUGCCUUGAUGGAAAUAUGUAAUAAGAGAAGGUGGCAACCACCUGAAUUUCUGUUGGUCCAUGAUAGUGGCCCUGAUCAUCGUAAACAUUUUCUCUUUAGGGUAUUGAUAAAUGGAAGCGCUUACCAGCCCAGCUUUGCCAGCCCUAAUAAGAAGCAUGCUAAAGCCACAGCAGCUACUGUGGUUCUUCAAGCAAUGGGCCUUGUACCAAAGGACCUCAUGGCUAAUGCCACUUGCUUCAGGAGUGCCUCACGUAGAUAGAUUGAGGUUUUAUAUUAAUCAUUUCAGAUAAUUUUACUCUGCAUCAAAAUGUAUUUCCUCUUUAAUGUUGUAAAUAUUUGGCAAUUUAAGACAUUGUGUAAAAAGCAAUCUGUACAAACAUCUCCAGGCUUUGAUUUUUGUACCAUGGAAAUUGUAUUUAACCAUACAGGGUUUUGGUAUGUUUAUAUUGUUUACCUUAGUGAUGUAUUUGUUUAAGUGGCUAACAUCCAAACGAUUGAAGGCAUCCGUAAUCUUCAGUGUGGAAUGUUAAAUAACGCUUUUAUACUGUAUUUUGUACUAUGAUGUAACUCCCCUUCCUUAUGGCUAGGCUGCUGUAACACUUGCCUGUAAUCAGUGAAGGGCUGUGCACCUUGUACUAGUUCACAAUGCGUUCUGCUGGACAGAUACUGGGCCAGUGUUAUUGAGGUAAUCAAGCAAGAUCUGUUCCACAGGGCUAAUGCCACCAUCUCCCCUUAAAAUUUUGUAGAAGUUAUAAAAAAAAAAAAAGUGGUAUGUUGUGAUGAUCAGCACUAAAUUCUGUGUUCCUGUCAAAGCCACUUGGGCCAUGAGAAGGGAGUUAAAAUGAAGUCUGACUAGAAUUCUGCAGAGGCUAAGUACAUUUAGUAUGGCAUUGAGUUGUGAUAUAGUUUUCCUUUGAUGUGCAUUUUGAAUUUCAGCUACACCUAGAUAGACGUAAAAUGAUAAUUAAAAUGCUGUAACCAACUUAUCUAAUAAAAUCGGCAUCCGGCCACUAUUUUGUUGACUAUGA